CCUGGAGGAGAAGUAGAGGAAAAACCACCGAAUUGAGCUCUGUCAGAGGCGCUUUCUGCUUCCAAGGGGGAAGUGCUGGGUAAUAAUUAAUGUUUUUAUUAAAUUUGGAGGGAAUAUUUUGCAGUCUUUCGCCUAGCGUGGCCUUCAGUCCCGUUAGGUGCAAAGCAAGUCUCGUUGAUCGCCAUUGCUAGUUUUGCACACAUUUGCGAAUCAGCGCUUCCCGAGGUACACCGACCGCGCAGGAAAACAUCGAGGGUGCAAAUAAAUACAUCGCCUCUUGUUCGGAAUUUUGCUACUGCCGAAAAUAUGUAAAUUGUGAACUCUCUAGGAUCUCUUUGGAUCCAGGUUGAUAGAAGUCCAGAUUCCGAGGAAAUCUCCAGCUAAAUGCUCAAAAUAUAAAAUACUGAGCUGAGAUUUGCGAAGAGCAGCAGCAUGGACGGAUUUUAUGACCAGCAAGUGCCUUACAUGGUCACCAAUAGUCAGCGUGGGAGAAAUUGUAACGAGAAACCAACAAAUGUCAGGAAAAGAAAAUUCAUUAACAGAGAUCUGGCUCAUGAUUCAGAAGAACUCUUUCAAGAUCUAAGUCAGUUACAGGAAACAUGGCUUGCAGAAGCUCAGGUACCUGACAAUGAUGAGCAGUUUGUGCCAGACUAUCAGGCUGAAAGUUUGGCUUUUCAUGGCCUGCCAUUGAAAAUCAAGAAAGAACCCCAUAGUCCAUGCUCAGAACUCGGCUCUGCCUGCGGUCAAGAACAGCCGUUUAAAUUCAGCUAUGGAGAAAAGUGCCUGUACAAUGUCAGUGCCUAUGAUCAGAAGCCACAAGUGGGAAUGAGGCCCUCCAACCCCCCCACGCCAUCCAGCACUCCAGUGUCCCCACUGCAUCAUGCAUCUCCAAACUCAACUCACACUCCUAAACCUGACCGAGCCUUCUCUGCUCACCUCCCUCCAUCGCAGUCUAUACAGGAUAGCAGCUACCCCAUGGAUCACAGAUUUCGCCGCCAGCUUUCUGAACCCUGUAAUUCCUUUCCUCCUUUGCCGACAAUGCCAAGGGAAGGACGUCCUAUGUACCAACGUCAGAUGUCUGAGCCAAACAUCCCCUUCCCACCACAAGGCUUUAAGCAGGAGUACCACGACCCAGUGUAUGAACACAACACCAUGGUUGGCGGUGCAGCCAGCCAAAGCUUUCCCCCUCCUCUGAUGAUUAAACAGGAACCCAGAGAUUUUGCAUAUGAUUCAGAAGUGCCUAGCUGCCACUCCAUUUAUAUGAGGCAAGAAGGUUUCCUGGUUCAUCCUGGCAGAACAGAAGGCUGUAUGUUUGAAAAGGGUCCCAGGCCAUUUUAUGAUGACACCUGUGUUGUCCCAGAGAAAUUUGAUGGAGACAUCAAACAAGAGCCAGGAAUGUAUCGGGAAGGACCCACAUAUCAGCGGCGGGGAUCCCUUCAGCUCUGGCAGUUUUUGGUAGCUCUUCUGGAUGAUCCUUCAAAUUCCCAUUUCAUUGCCUGGACUGGUCGAGGCAUGGAAUUUAAACUGAUUGAACCAGAAGAGGUGGCUAGGCGUUGGGGCAUUCAGAAAAACAGGCCGGCUAUGAACUAUGAUAAACUUAGCCGUUCACUCCGCUAUUAUUAUGAAAAGGGAAUCAUGCAAAAGGUGGCUGGAGAGAGAUAUGUCUACAAAUUUGUGUGUGACCCAGAGGCCCUUUUCUCCAUGGCCUUUCCAGAUAAUCAGCGCCCGCUGCUGAAGACGGACAUGGAACGCCACAUCAAUGAAGAGGACACAGUGCCUCUGUCUCACUUUGAUGAGAGCAUGGCCUACAUGCCCGAAGGUGGCUGCUGCAACCCCCACCCCUACAACGAAGGCUAUGUGUACUAAUGCAAGUGACAGUCAAGCAGGGCGUCCUCGCGCUCUUCUUCUUGCAAGAUGCAGAGAAUCGCCGAAUUCCCUUCAAUCUUUGUUUUAUUUUUUGUUUGUAUUUUAUUUUUAAAUAAUACACAAAAAGGGGCUUUUCCUGUUGCAUUACUCUAUGGUCUGCCAUGGACUGCGCACUUUAUUUGAGGGUGGGUGGGGGUAAUCUAAGCAUUUAUUCUGUGUAACAGGAAGCUAAUGGGUGAAUAGGUGGGGGGAUUUGAGGAUUACUUUUUACCUAGGCUAGGGAUGGGGUCCUACAGGUUUUGAGUAUAAUGAGGCUCUAUCAAUGUCUGUUUGAUUUCCUAACAGCAUAAGAUAAUGUUUCCUUUCUCCAGGUAUCUGUGGUACAAUUAUUUCACAUUGUGUAAAUAUCCACUUGGAGACUACCGAGCGAAAUGCCUUGGGCAUUUUUCCCCAUCAUUUCUGAGUCUCUGCAGGUGUACAAAAAAAAAAAAAAAUACUGUAAAUGGCAGUUUAAUAAUUAGAAAUGACUGUUUUUGCACCUCUUGUAAAAGGUAUUCAGAGAUUGCAUUUGCUGUUUUUUGUUUUGUUUUUCUUUGUAUAUGACUCUCAGGGGAUACCCAUAAAAUGGGUAUCCUCUCUGAAGUUGGGUAAUAACUAUGAUUAUAAAUGAGGGGCACAGUUUUGGACUCGGGCUCCGAACUGAGUCAGAAGUCAGUCACAUUACAUGUAUCUGGUGCCACCUUGCUGUUCAGAUACAAAUCAUACUGUUAAAUAUUUUGAAGCCCAUUUCUGUUAAAUAAUGACAUGUUGUGGUCCUUCGGGAUCUUCUUUUAAAUGUUAAAUCUGAGAUCACAAUGAAGCAAAAAAUAACUGUCUCCUUUCAUUUCCUUCGGUACAUGAAACAUUAUUUAAUCAGUAAGAAUUAACUGUACUAAAUCACAUAUUAUGCUGUUCUAGAUACAGCAAGCACUCCUUAAGAAAAAUAUCCCAUACACUAAAUAGGUACUAUAGUAAUUUUUAGACAUGGUACCCACUGAUAUGCAUUUAAACCUUUUACUGCUGUGUUAUGUUGAUAACAUAUAUAAAUAUUAGAUAAUGCUAAUGCUUCUGCUGCUGUCUUUUCUGUAAUAUUCUCUUUCAUGCUGAAUUUACUAUGACCAUUUAUAAGCAAUGCAGUUAACAGAUAGCAUUUCAGGACAAAAUAGAUGACUCGAACCAUUUAUUGCUUAAAAAUAGCUUACGCCAUGCUAUGCUAUAAGCAGCUUUUAUGCACAUUGACAAAUGAAGAGUAAGCUUCAGCUUGCUAAGGGAAACUGUGGAAACUUUUGUAACUUUUGGUGAAAUGGAAAAUUAUUCACAAAUUGUCAAAGAAUAUGAUGAAGUUGCUGUAUGACAUAGUGCUGGCACUGAUACUAUCCAUCUUCUUGUUUUGGACACUCAUGUAAAUGUGAUUGGAUUGUUUGAAAGAUUUAAAGAUUUAAAGUUUCAAAGUUUUUUGUUUUGGUUUUGUUUUGCAUUUGGUGAAAAUAUUUAAAGCAAGACAUGUUGUUCCAUUCAUCUUAAAAACCCAAUAAGGAAAUGGUGUCACACUAUCUUUGAAUAGUUUGCUAAAAGAUUCAAGGGAGAAAUAGGAAUUUUCUUCAAUCCACCAAUUUCCCAGAGGAAUGACCUCUUUUCUUUUUCAGAUUCUAUAGGAAAAAAACAAAAAAAAAUUUGUUAAGUCCUAACCGCACAGCCAAAAUAAGCCUAUAAAAGUAUUUCAUAAAGAGCACAGGAAAGAUUGUGGAAAAAUGACUUGAGCUAACCUUUUUCCAACAGCUUGAUUCUCCAGAUCCCAGCUUAAUUCUCAAAAGAGGACAGUUAUUGGAAACCCCACAUACCCAAAUCCAUUCUAUUCACAUUUAAUCCUAUAAAAAAUUCUAAUUUCAACAUGUAUGUAUCCUGUGAUUUCAAUGCUUGUUCUAUAUUAUACAUCAUGUAUCAUCAGGGCCAUUAUGGCCUAAUAAGUAUGCCUUAAAAAUGAGAACUUUUGGUAUUUUUCUCCUACUGUGCUCAUGUGGCCAUUGAUGGCAUUUAAUAUAAAAUAGAUUUGAAAAUAUUCAGCAAAAGUUUUAUUAGAGAAUUGAGAUAUUUGGAUAAAUUGAAGUAGCAAAUUUUAAGUGGGUCAUUAAAAUAAGGUCUAAAUGAACACUGUUUGAAGAUUCUUUUUCUUUUAAUUAUUUUUCAUUUCUUUUUUCUUUUUUUCUUUCUAGUUUUAACACUCUAGUUCUAGUCUGCCAGUUCGGAGCAAUUGGGCCUUGAGUUAUGUUAAGGGAUCAAAGGAAGAUUAGUUAUAUAAUAUUUAAAAACAAACCAUAUAUUUUGCUAUUUAAGGUAGUGACUCACUGAACCAAAUAAGUAAUUGGCCCAUAUAAAGUAUUUUCUCAGUGCAGAAGGGUUCAAAACACUGCAUUAUAAACCCUUGGAAAAUGUAUCUAAAGGUUUUUUGUUUUAUUUUAAGUUCUGUUUUUGUUCCAUUUUUUGUUUGGUUGUACUUUUAUUUUCAGGUAGAUUAAUAAAUCUGGCAGCUGAUUUCUGCAA